AUGGUUGCAAACUCUACUCAUCAUGCUCGUGUCAAGCAUGUUGAGAUAGAUUUGCACUUUGUUUGUGAAAAGGUUUCAGCUGGGCAACUUUUUAUUAACUUUGUGCCUUCAGCCGAACAAAUUGCUGACAUUCUCAUAAAGCCUAUUCCUCCAGCUCAAUUUCGUCCGAUGCGGCGCCUACUUAAAGCUGAGCUAUGGGGAAUCCUGAAAGGCCUCCGCUUAGCUUGGCAACAAGGCGCAGAAAGAGUGAUUGUUCAGACAUAUAGUAGUGAAGCUUAUGCACUCUUGUCUCCUCCUUCAUUUGACAAGAUUAGUGUAGCCGCGACAGCAAAACUCACGAGGAUAAAGGUUCACGUAAGGAACAAGUCAAAGACGGAUUUGCUAAGCCAAUUGAAGGACUUGAAAGCAGAGCUCGCUCUCCUUCGCGUCGCUAAGGUCACCGGCGGUGCCCCGAACAAGCUCUCCAAGAUAAAAGUUCUGAGGUUAUCAAUCGCGCAGGUUUUGACGGUGAUUUCGCAGAAGCAGAAAUCGGCUUUCAGAGAAGCUUAUAAGAAGAAGAAGUUCCUCCCUUUGGAUCUCCGUCCCAAGAAGACUCGUGCCAUCCGUCGCCGCCUUACUAAACAUCAGGCAUCUUUGAAGACGGAGCGGGAAAAGAAGAAAGAAAUGUAUUUCCCACAAAGGAAAUAUGCCAUCAAAGUGUAAUCGAAUCUAGCUUCUUUUUUUUCCUGCUAUUUUUAUUUUGUUAAAGAUCAAAAGGUUGAAUUGUUGGCUUAGAUGCAG